CACACACUGUGGGGCUCGAACUCCCAGCUCCGAGAAGGGCAAGAGUCACAUGCUCCACGGACUGAGCCAGCUGCUUCUGGCUUUAAAACCUCACUUCACAUUUACCACAGGAUGGAGUCCAGCCACUGAGCCUGGCUUUUGAUACCCUUAAUGUGACGCAGUCCACCUCCUGUUCUUUUCACACUCGCCAAGCUGAACACCACCACCUCUCCCCUUCUUUGAAUGUAACAUGCUUAUUUCUGCCUUUGCUUCAUUUCUUUUCCCAUCUUUACAAAUUCUGUUUGUUCUGUAAAUCUUGUGAUCUUCCCCCCCUUUAUUGUGCCAUAUUACUUACCUCAGGUUGCCCACUUGUUAUUGAUUAGCUUUUCUUGAGCAAUCCUCACAUAGGGUAAUACCUACAACUUCUAACCAAUAAAGCCCAGAGUUCAGUGGAUUAAUAUUAUAAAGUGUAGUUUUCAGUCAUGUCACAGUUGAGUGUGAAUGUUGUUCCGUGAAGAAAUUCAGGGACAUCGUCUGCUUCCAUCCUGUGACUCAGCCAUUCCUUAAGGGUUUCUCUACUGAUAGGAAAGUAAAGUGAGAGCAAAAAAGGGAUACUUCUUAACCUCCUGGGUUCUGCAGUGACACCCAUCACUUAAAUUUACAGGCUUUGGUGAGAACGAGUUGCACGGGCCACCUGGGCGUAUGGAGGGAGAGGGAGUUGGCUCUCACCAGCAGCUGUACCAGUAGGUCAUGGAUUCUGUCUCUUGCCUUAGCCGUCUCUUGCCAAUGAGAUGGUAAACUUUUCUGGAUUAUGAAGUGAGUGACUUCAGGAAGUUCUGUAUCCUGUGCUCUUCAGGUGGGGGAUGGAACAGCAUCUCCCUCAUAAGGCUGUUGUGAAGAUGAAAUGAAAGAAGGCAUUUUGUUCCCAACAUCACCUUUGGGCACCCUGUGGUAGAAAGCCUCCGAAAGCAGCUAGGCCAGGACCCUUUCUUUGAUAUGCACAUGAUGGUGUCCAGGCCGGAACAGUGGGUAAAACCAAUGGCUGUAGCGGGAGCCAAUCAAUACACCUUUCAUCUUGAGUCUACCGAGAACCCAGGGGCUUUGAUUAAAGACAUUCGGGAGAAUGGGAUGAAGGUUGGCCUUGCUAUCAAACCGGGAACUACAGUUGAGUAUUUGGCACCAUGGGCUAAUCAGAUAGAUAUGGCCUUGGUUAUGACAGUGGAACCUGGGUUUGGAGGGCAGAAAUUCAUGGAAGAUAUGAUGCCAAAGGUUCAUUGGUUGAGGACUCAGUUCCCAUCCUUGGACAUAGAAGUCGAUGGUGGAGUAGGUCCGGACACCAUCCAUAAAUGUGCAGAGGCAGGAGCUAACAUGAUUGUGUCUGGCAGUGCCAUUAUGAGGAGCGAUGACCCCAGAUCUGUGAUCAACCUGUUACGAAAUGUUUGCUCAGAAGCUGCUCAGAAACGUUCUCUUGAUCGAUGAAACCACAAGGAGUUGAUGCUCAUGAAAUCUUUUUACUGGAAGACAAGAAUAUUGACUAUCAAAUCCUAUCAUCACAGUUGAAGCAGUGCUGUUUUUCUGAGCAGCUAUUCAUUUCAGUGACUGAAAUCUAUUCUGCAGAAUGUUCCAAGAGGUUAGAAAUUGGUGUGUAUAACUACAUUUUUAGUGAUGGAAUUUAAAGAUUAGUGUGGCAAAAUAACCAUUUUUACUGGGACACUUGAUUUUUACAAAGUAAAAAUAUGGCUGUAUUAAGGUUGUAAACAAAAAUGUGUCUUAAAGCCUAAUGAAGGUGUACUAGUUACUACAAAGAAAUGGUUUUCUCUGCAUUUUAAAUCUUCUCGUUUCUUGGUUUUCCAAAGCAAAGGAAGUCCUUAUUCCUGUUCCGUGUGUCAUUUUUAAUUUGUGUGUGCGCAUGACAAUAUGAGUAGAAUGGAACUUGUGAAAAAUCUAAGUUUGAAUCAGGCUAGGAUGGCACACUGUAUUUUUGCUUCUUAAACAUCUAUUUUUUACUUUGCACCUUAUAUUUGAUACAUAAAAACAGCGUAUGAAGCCCAGGGAUUUCAGGUGGUCUUUUCUAAAGUACAAGUAUAGAUUUUUAUCGAGGUGUUUUCUUUGUUAGCUCUGCUGGAGGGGCAGGUUAUACAGUGAUCACCACCUGUCCCUUUUCCUUAACUCACCAUUCUUAAGAACAUGAAAUAAUACCGUGCUAGCUCUGAGAAGAGGAAAGGAAACAAAUUCAUUUGAGUUGAAUCUGAACACUUCUCCUUUCCAUCUAAUUUUACUUUAGCAAAUCAAAUCAACCAGUCUCUUUGCGUAUCUGUUAACUGAUUUAUACAUUGAAUGUAAUUAUAAUAACCAUGCAGGGUUAUGUUGAGCAUUAAAAGAAUCAUAUGCUAUAUGUAAAGCUUCUACUACUAUUCCCAGAUUUACAGACUUGAGGAUGCUCAAUACAAAGUAGCUGUCAUUUAUGUUCUGUAGCCUAUAAAGUACUUCAGUACAAGCUCAUUAAAUCCACAAAUCACUCUUACGAGUGGUAGGACAGGUACUUUUGUCCCCAUUUAAAAAAUGAAGAUACUAAAGCUCAGCAACGGGCUGGUUACCAUGGAAAGAAUCCAGUAGGGCACAGGAGUUCUGGUUUGUACUUUUUUUUUUUUUUUUUACAAAUGGAGCCCUUAGAAGGUAGAUUAGGCAAAGGAAGCCUCUUUUAUGUAACACUGUCUUACUUGCAAUCUAAUUUUACCAUGUAGCAGACCAGAUGGCUGAGGAUAUUCUGGAUACUAUGGAUUUGACCCCAAGGAUAGAUAUUAUAUUAAUCCAACAAAGACCAGGUAGGCCAAAAAGAUGACAAGGUACAGAGUUAAUCCGUAAACUAAAUAUUUAAAACUGUGUCCCAAAUUAUACUUCGACAAUAUGUAUCCGCAUUUCAUUCUUGCCACCACUCUUGCUACAUAAUACAUAUGGCAAGAAAUAAACAGACCAGUGUCAUUAAGCUUCUUUAGACUGCUAUGAGUUUUGAGAAAUAAGGUUUGAAAAAUAACAUUAACACUUCCGCGUAGACUAGAGCUUGCUUGUUUUUCUAUCCUACAAUGUAAAAUUCUGUCGGUUUUUAUUUUGACUUAGGAAAGGUUUGUGCCAUGAAUAGGUGGUGUUUAAUCAGAUCAGACAACACAAGGCAUAUAGAAAUAACUUUAAUUAAAAAACUUACAUAGAAGAUUAUAAUGUCAGACAUGACAGAAAGAUUUGAGCUUAUUUGCCUAGACAACUUGGAUUUGUCUGGCUUUUUUCUUCUUUAAAAAUAAAUGUACAGUAAAACUACAAGCAAAA